CUCGUUUCCUGCUGCUCCCAAUCCAAGGAGCUCCAGAGCCGUGAGGAGCUUGAGGCUGGAGAGAAGAUAAAAGCUGCUCCCGAGGAUGAGCGCCGUGAUCCUGCUGCUCCUGCUUUCUGCCGGGAAUGCCGGAUCCCAGCCGGACAAGGCUCUGCCCAGGCGGCGCCUCUCGUGCGUCAGGUGCUGCGGGCCCUCGGAGCAGCCCGUGUCCAUCUUCUCCCAAAGGUCCGCCAGGAUGAGCGGCGAUCCCGAAUAUUCCCUGCCCAAAAUCCAGCCCACCAUCGACAUCACCAUCCUCAAAGGCGAGAAGGGCGAGAUGGGCGAGCGGGGAUUCCCCGGAGCAGCCGGGAAGGCGGGAGAGCGAGGAUCCCGCGGCCUGAGUGGCCGGAAGGGCCAGAAGGGCCAGCCCGGCCCCCAGGGCCACUCCUGCAAGCAGCUCUUCGCCGCCUUCUCCGUGGGCCGCCGCAAGCCCCUGCACAGCUCCGACUACUUCCAGCACGUCACCUUCGACACGGAAUUCGUCAACCUCUACCAGCACUUCAACAUGUUCUCCGGGAAGUUCUUCUGCUACGUUCCGGGGAUUUACUACUUCAGCCUCAACGUGCACACCUGGAACUUCAAGGAGACCUACGUGCACCUGAUGAGGAACGAGCAGGCGGCGGCCAUCCUCUACGCCCAGCCCAGCGACAGGAGCAUCAUGCAGAGCCAGAGCCUGAUGCUGGAUCUGCAGGAAGGGGAUGAGGUUUGGAUCCGGAUGUUCAAGAGGGAGCGGGAAAAUGCCAUUUACAGCGAGGAGUCGGAUGUUUACGUCAUCUUCAACGGGCACCUGAUCAAACCCGCCCUGGAGUAG